UGAUGCAGCAGAUGCAACAGCAGCAGCAGAUGAUGCAGCAGCAGCAGGCACAGAUGAGCUGGCUCAUGAGCCAGACGGCUCUGUCUUCUCCACCGGGGAGUAUUCCUGCUCCUCCACCUUACUCCAUGCCGUGGAUGCCGCCACCGCCCACUCAGAGCCCGGGGACACCUCUCACCGUGAACAACUUGAACAUCAUCCGGAGCAUGAACCGCGAUUAUAUGUCACAAGGAAAUGACGAUGAGGCCGGCGGAAGCGGAGGAGGACAAGGUUGAUGGCAUGGUCUUCGUGCACUUUGUCGGAUUGUAUGCUUGUAAUGGAUUGUAAUAUUGGACAUUGCACUAUGGACUCUAUGUAACUUGUGUGGAUGGACUAUGGACUCUAUGUAAUGCAUGAAUAUGUGUGUUUGAUGUAUUUGUGGUGUUCCCGUAGUGUUUGGUGAUGUUAUGUUGAAGAUUAUAUGAGUAUAUGCUUUAUUGUCAA